AUGUCUAGGCUCGUCGACUAUUUCGUGAUUGUGGGCUUCGACCACGAAAAAGAAAGGGGCGGCCUUAGCAACGGCGUCAUCCUCCAACGGUUCCCGGAGAUUAAUUGGGACGACACACCUUUCCACGACGGCAUAGAAUGGUUCUGUCAGCCACAAGGAUGGGCGCUGUCAACGGAGCGCUCGGAACCGCGCUUCUACGUGUCAGUGUUGACAGAUGUCGACGCAAACAGACACUACUGCGCUUGUCUCUGUUUCAACGAGACCGUAGCCAUCACACCUACAAAGCCCGCAGACGAGGAGUGGGAAUCACAUGACGACAGACACGCAUCUGGCGUGGAUGCAUUUCCGUCGGACGCCGGAAGUUGGCUGUCAUGUAUUCUCAAGGUUAGUGAAGUUGCUGACGUCAUUGAUAUCCUAAGAUCCCAUUAA